AUGGGCAGCUAUACAUUUACCUGGGACCACCCCGCCCAAGAAGUCUACGUGACAGGUGACUUCGACAACUGGUCCAAGUCGAUCAAGCUUAACAAGAAUGGCGACUCUUUCCACAAGACCGUGACCAUUCCCGGUGAGGAGCACAGAGUUCACUACAAGUUCGUCGUCGACGGGCAAUGGACAACCGACUGGACUGCCAAACAAGAGACGGAUUCUUCGGGCAACGUUAACAAUGUUGUCGAGGCCAGAGAACUGAGCCCUGAGCCCGAAGAGCGACCUGCGCAAGCUUUCAUCUCUUCGGUCCACCCUCAAUCUACCACCGCCGCCCUUGCUGGUGAGGUGCCGCUUGAAAAGGAAAGAAACGCCCACUCUGAGCAGAGCGUCGACGAGACGACCUUCCCUCAGGAGACUCCCGGCUUCGAGGAUCUGCCAGGUCAAUUCCCAGUCACACCUAUGGCUGACCUCAAGCAGUUCACUGUUAACCCCAUUCCUGCUACUGACGGCCCUUCCAACCCCGUCAAGCUUGCCCCUGGCGAGCCCGUCCCUCACCCGAGCACUUUGACCAGUAACACUAUUCAAUCUACCGAGAAGGAGGACACCAAGGCCUUUGGCAUCAACCCCAUUCCUGCCACCGCUGGCAUUGGUAACCCCAUCAAGCUCGCGCCUGGCGAGCCUGUCCCUCACCACAGCAAGAUCACCUCCAACACAAUUCAAUCUACCGUCCGUGACGGCUCUCAGUAUGGUGUUAGCGACACCGGUGCUCCCGUCCUCCCCCCGGUUCUUGAUUCUCAGAGCGAGGCCGAGGCCAACGGUGCUUCUAUGUUCAACCUGCCUUCCAUUGGCGGUAACAUGAUCCCUGAGUCCAGCCUUCCCAUGGGUGGCGACUCUCAACUGCCCAAUUUCGACAACGCCUUUAGCUCAUCCGUCGCUCCCCAAAGCACUACUGCUCAGCUUGCCGGUCAGGUUCCUCGUGAGCCUCGUGGUGUGCCCGAGGUUGUUUCCGAGAGCCAAGAAUCCGCUCACGUUAGUCCUGAGGCUUCGUCUUCGGCCAAGGCCGUUCAGAGCAAGCACGACGUCGAGGAAGAGCUGAAGGAGAAGGUGCCUGAAGCCAACGCUAGUGCCGAGUCUGGCCCUACCGUGUCAAACUCACAUGUCCCUGAGGCCGUCGCCGGUGGUCUCGCUGCUGCUGGUGCUACUGCUAUCGGUGCUGCCCUUCUUGCCAAGGACAAGAUCUCCGAGGCCUACACCCAUGCUACUGAGCCCACUCCUGCCUCUAAGCAAGUCCCUGAUGUUGUUACUGAGAGCCAGGAGAGAGCUCACGUCGAGCCCGAGGCUUCGGCCUCUCCUGAAGUCGUUCGCGAGAAGGCCGCCUUCGAAGACGAGUUGAAGCACUCCAUCCCCGAGGCACCUGCAACCUCCGAAUCCGGUCUUCUGGGCGCUAGCGAAGGUGUCGUCACCGAGAGCCAAGAGCGUGCCCACGUGCAGCCUGAAGCCUCUGCUUCCCCCGAGGCCGUUCGCGAGAAGACUGCCAUGGAAGGCGAACUUCUUUCUGAAGUGUCCAAGGCCCCUGCAACCUCCGAAUCUGGUAUUCUGGGCAAGAGCGAGCAAGGUAUUACCGACAAGGCCACUGCUGGUCAGGUCCCCGAAGUUGUUCAUGAGAGCCAGGAGAGAGCACAUGUCGACCCCGAGGCAUCUGCCAACCCCGAAGCUGUUCACGAGAAGCACGACAUGGAGAGCGAGCUCUUGUCACACGUUCACAAGGCACCUGCUACUUCCGAGUCUGGCGUCGCCAUCGACAACAUGAACCAGGGCCUGCCUCCCACCAACAGCUCGCUUGCUUCACCCGCUACGCAUUCGUCUGUCCCUGAGGCCGUUUUGGAUUCUCAGCACCAAGCUCACGUCGGCCCUGAGGCUUCUGCCCAGCCCGAGGUUGUUGCUGAGAAGAGCGACGUCGAGAGGGAGCUACUUGACCGUGUACCUCGUACCGAUGAGGCUGGCGAGCCUGCACCCACUGAGUCUGCCGCUCUGAGCGCUACCGCACCUGUCAAACCCACUUCUGACAUUGAGUCUGCUGUCCUCGGUGCCGGUGCUGGUGCUGCUCAGAUUCCUGCACCCAAGUCUGAGCAGCUUGCCGCCCCUACCCUUGCUGCUCCCACCGAGCAAUCGCGUGACGUCUCUCCCAUGACCCGUCCCGAUUCAUCCAAGCAAUCAGAGCCUCAAGUCACCACUGGCACUGAGACUCACACCGUCCCUGCCACUACUGGUAGUGCACCCACCACACCUCAGAGACACGCUACCAAGAGAUCCAGCGGCUUCUUCCGCGGUACACCCCAGAGCGACCGCACUAGCGUUGCCGGCUCCUCCAAGGUUGACGAGGACGGCAAGCCCAAGAAGAAGGGCUUCCUCGCCAAGUUGAAGGAGAAGUUCAGAGGAUAG